AUGUCCGGCGCCCAGGAGAUCGGCAGGAGCAAGAACUCCGACGCCAUCGCGCCCACCCCGCAGAACACCCCGCUCGACAAUGCUCCCCUCACCCGUGAGGCGCUCUCGCGCCCCACGGUCGGAACCAUCGGCGAGGAGGACGAGAGCGCCGUAGACGUCGCCUCGGCCCUUCAGGGCAACCCCGCCCUCGCUGCCAUGGUGCAGGACAAGCUCUCCAGCCUCGUCGGCCGAUCGUCCGGCUACGUCGAGUCGCUCCCCAACCACAUCCGCAGGCGCGUCGAGGGCCUCAAGGGUGUCCAGGUCGAGCACCACAAGAUCGAGGCCGACUUCCAGAAGGAGAUCCUCGAGCUCGAGAAGAAGUACGCUCAGCGCUACAAGCCCCUCUACGAGCGACGUGCCGCCAUCAUCCAGGGCAAGACCGAGCCCACCGCCGACGAGGUCAAGGCCGGCGAGGCCGUCGAUGCCGAUGAGGACGACGAGGACGAGCAGCCCGAGUCGCUCGCCGACGUCAAGGCGCCCGCCGAGGGUGCCAACGGCAUCCCCGAGUUCUGGCUCACCGCGCUCAAGAACCACAUUGCGCUUUCGGAGCUCAUCACCGAGCGCGACGAGGAGGCGCUGCGUGCGCUCGUCGACGUGCGCAUGAGCUACCUCGUGGACCAGGCGGGCUUCAAGCUCGAGUUCGAGUUUGAGCCUUCCAAGAACGACUACUUCACCAACUCGGUGCUCAGCAAGACCUACUACUACCAGGACGAGGUCGGAUUCUCGGGUGACCUCGUGUACGACCACGCCGAGGGCUGCAAGAUCGAGUGGAAGGAGGACAAGGACCUGACGCACAAGAUCGAGACCAAGAAGCAGCGCAACAAGAACACGAACCAGACGCGCACCGUCAAGCGCUCGGUGCCCGUGGAGUCGUUCUUCAACUUUUUCAACCCGCCCAAGCCGCCCAAGAACGGCGAGCUGGACGACGACGAGGCGGACCUGGACGAGCUCGACGAGCGUCUGGAGCUCGACUACCAGAUCGGCGAGGACCUCAAGGACCGCAUCAUCCCGCACGCCGUCGACUUCUUCACGGGCAAGGCGCUGCAGUACGAGGAUCUCGACGAGCUCGACGACGCCGACUUUGACGACGAGGACGACGAGGAUGACGAGGAUGAGGACGACGACGACCAGCCGCGACGAUCGGCGCAGCUCGGUGCGUCGGCCGGCUCGCAGAUGGCCGGCUCGCAAGAUCCUCAGGAGUGCAAGCAGCAGUGA